AGCUCCUAAAAGCUUUUUAUUGGUGUCCUUGUCUAAUGUCAGAAGGCAUAAUGGCUGUAGUCAAACCAGAGAUGAAGUCUUAUAUUUGGAUUCAAACUGCUGAUGGUUCAAUCCAGCAAGUAGAAGAGGAAGUAGCCAUGUUUUGUCCCAUGAUAUGCCGAGAAAUUCUUCAAACAGGCAUGGGUUCUUCAAAAAAUUAUGCUAUACCUCUUCCACAAAGGGUCAAUCCUCCCAUUUUUGGCUUAAUACUUGAUUAUUGCCGGUUUCAUCAAGUACCCGGCCGCUCGAAUAAGGAGCGCAAAAUUUUUGAUGAGAAGUUUGUUCGGAUGGAUACAAAAAGGUUGUGCGAACUGAUUUCAGCUGCUGACAGCCUCCAAUUGAAGCCUUUGGUUGAUCUCACUAGUCGUGCACUGGCUAGAAUUAUUGAAGGAAAAUCUCCCGAGGAAAUACGUGAGACAUUUCAUUUGCCCGAUGAUCUCACAGAGGAGGAGAAGUUGGAACCGCUGAAAAACAUAGCUGAUGAUCCACGUAUUCGGCUUUUGAAUCGGUUAUAUGCAAAGAAGAGAAAGGAACUACGAGAAAGGGGGAAACUUAAGAAUGUUGAGGUUGAGGAGGAGCUUGUGGAUGAACGCUCGGUUGACGAUCUAUUGUCAUUUAUUAAUGGUGGAAAUGAAGAGUCAAAGGAGGUUAAAACAAAUAAGAAUAAAAAGAAAAAUCGGAGACGAAAAGAUCAACUUAAGGAUUCAUCUUCAAACAGUUUAGACGGAAACCACAAGGCAUUCGAUUCUCUCACGUCUGCUUGCCGUGAUGGUGAACUUAGUGACAUUACGUUGUCCACUCCUAGUCAAACUUCAAAGUUGCAAGGUUCAACAGCUGUUAGCUUUUCACCUAAGCUUGAGUUUGAUGAUUCUGAUAGUGAUGACGAUUUGGAUCCUGUAAUGAAGGAGGAACUUGACAGGGAGGUGGAGGACUUCGCUCGGAGAUUGAAUUCUGAUUGGCCACAAAGGAUGCAGGAAAUUUUAUCAUUGAGCCAACAAAGAAGGCUUCUACCAGUAUCCAUGAAUGGAAAUGAUUCUGCACACAGAUGUACAGAUUUUGGACAGCAGAUAAUACUUCAAGAUCAAUAGAGUAUUUAUUUAUGAAAAUAUCAGCAGCCGGAGGACACGGUAGAGCAAUUUUUGGUGCUGCGAGAUGGUAGAAGAGUUGGCACUUUUUUUCGUGUCCACUGCAUGUGAUUAUAUUUGUUUGUUUUACCAUCACCAAAAUGCAAUUUACAUUUUUGGAAGUUUUUGUACAAUGGAAAAGGAAAGUUGAAAGUUAAAAGAAUCAACUCUUGAGAGAUGAGUGAGCAAAAAUCUGCUUAUUUGUCUUGUUUUUUAAUUUAAUUUAAUUUUGUUGCAGUUGGGUUUUUUUU